AACUUUCCUCUUGUGGAGGUUGAAGUCCUUUUUUCUUGAAUGAGUUACUUCUUCGGGGAACAAUCAGCCAGCCAGGUUGCUGAAUUCGUUCAGACAAACUAUUUAACGUGUGUCGCCUUCUCUGGUGGCCUAGCUGGAAUCGUCCACUCAUUUGACUUGGUUAAACUUCUUCGUUAGAAGAAGGGGUUUCAGUCUUUCAGACUUUCAGUUCUCAUAACUCUAAAGAAUCAAACAGAAAACUAGGGUUUCUUUCUCACCCAAAAAGAAAACAAAGAAUUAGGGUUUCCAUUAAUCUCUUCAUCAACACUUGUCUUCUAGUUCUACAGUAUACUAUCGCUUUCUCAAUUUAAACUCUUUUGCAUAACACAGAGAAGGGGGAGGAAAAUGGUGGUUGCAUCGGGCAAACCUUUUGCCAAGGAGAUGGCUAUACGGAGGAGAAUCUUGAACAUAUACAAUAAGAGAGAUGAAGACUUUUCCUCAUUAAGAGAAUACAAUGAUUAUCUAGAAGAAGUGGAGGACAUGACAACUAACUUGAUCAAUGGCAUAGAUGUAGCUGCUAUCGAAGCUAAAAUUGCCCAAUACAAGAAAGACAAUGCUGAACAGAUAACUCUUUCUCAAGCUCGCAAGGCAGAGGAGUUAGCAGCAGCGUUACAAGCAAGCAAAGGAGGAGGAGCUGUCAUGCAGAGUGGUGAUGCAAAUAAUGGGGACAUGAAUCAGAGCUCUCUAGGUUUUACUGGGCAGUACGUGCCAGCAGUCACUGGGGCAAUAGGUCAACCGCGGCCAACAGGCAUGGCCCCGCAACCUGUUCCAUUAGGUCAUGAUGUGCAUGGUUAUGCAGUUGACAAUGAGGAAAUGAUGAGGCUCAGAGAAGAGAGAGGUGGAAGGGCCGGAGGGUGGAGUACACAACUAAGCAGGAAAAGGGCACUUGUGGAAGCCUUCAGCAGCAUUUGGGUAUGAUUUUUUCUCCUUAGUUUUUGACCUGUGUGCAAGAAUUGCAAAUCUUUCUUUUGGGUAAAGAAAGAGGAAGUGUCGAUUUUGUUGUCGACACUUGACAGUGUUUGCUCAAGUAAUGUUUCAGGGAUAAAUACUGAUCAAGUAGACAAGCGUACACCAAAUCUUAAACUUUAGUUGUAGUCUAGUGUUUACCAUGAUGUCUCUCAUGCAAAGCAUCUGAAUAGAACAUAUAUCGAUUACCAGUUUAUAUAUUUGCAUAGGUUGAAAGAUUUUUGUUUUUACAUAUAAUGAGGGUUUCAUAUGAAGCUUCAAAACAAAAGAAAACUAUCACUGUCUCUUUCUGUUUUUCCCUUGUGGUGAUAUGUAAUCAGAUAAAGAUUCAUGACUGUGGGAGGGCAUAAUCUGA